UAUGCCUCCAGAAUCUCAUACGAGGUAUAGCAUGCGGCUGCACCCGCUUGCUGAGGUAGUUUUGGGGCUGGUCCUUCUUUAAGGAAGAAAGUAGGGAAGACAGUAAAUUAUGUUUAUUCAUGGUCUUGUAUCAAAGUAGAGUACCAGAAAAGGCCUACAGAUUCUUUUCCAGUUUUCUGGUCUAUCAGUAGCUAAGCCUGAUACGGUUACAUCUUCCUGCACUCGAGUUGUAUCGGAUGAUUACAACAACUCCAGCAACUGGUCUUAUCAGGGAGAGGAUGGAAGGGAAGCAAAGAGUCAAGGAGAGAGAGAAUGACUGCAAGGGGAAGAAGAAGGUCAAGGGUGAUCCAGGAGCUGGAUGAAGCAACGUUGUACGAGGUUGAGAUUAUUCAGGCUCCAGAAGAGGAGCCGAGUGAUUAUGACAUGGAUACAGAGCAGGAGCAGCAGGAGGAGCAACGGGAGGAGCAAGUGCCUCAGCCGCAGCAGCAACAGGAGAAGCAAGUUCAGCAGCAGCCUGUCGAUGAGGUGGUACCUGGGGAGAAUAAGGGAGAUGAGGAGUCGUUGGUCUUGGAUGACUUGCCAAUGAUAUGUAACUAUGAGGAGGGACGGUCGUUUUUGAAUGCUGGGUAUGGCUUGAGAUGGCAUUCCUGUUGCGAACCAUGGAAUGAGUUUUGGGAACCCUUUGGAGGCGUCAACUUCGAGCCUGUUUGGGAUGAUGCUCCAUGGGACUUUAAGGACGGCGAUGAAACCAAACAUCUCUAGAAGAAAACCUGUUAUGUUUCAGUUUAUCGAAGUUGUUGUUGUUGACUGGAUGUUUGUUGUUUGAUGUUUGCCUGUGUCUUAUAGAGUCAA